AUGGCUUCAUCUUCUUCCUCUGCUCCAUCUUCUCAAUCACCAAAAAAAUAUGAUGUUUUUAUUAGCUUCAGAGGUGAGGACAACCGCUUCAACUUCACAAGCCACCUUCAUGAAGCUCUUCGCACAAACCAAAUAGAUACAUACAUCGACUAUAGACUUGAGAAGGGAGAUGAGGUAUGGCCGUCUCUUGAGAAAGCCAUUGAAGAUUCAACUCUGUACCUUGUGAUCUUCUCAGAAAACUAUGCAUCUUCCACGUGGUGCCUGAAGGAGCUUGCAAAAAUAUUCGAGUGCUCCAAAAAUCAAGAUCACCUUGUUAUGCCGGUGUUCCAUAGAGUGGAUCCUUCACAUGUGAGGAAGCAGUCUAGGAGUUACGAGAGAGCAUUUGAAGAACAUGAGCGCAAAAUAAACAUCAACAAUCAACAACUGCAAAAGUGGAGGGAGGCUCUUACUCGAGCUGCCAAUUUGUCUGGUUGGCAUUGUAGCUUCAAUAGGGAUGAAGCGGAGCUAAUUAAAGAAAUAGUGAAUUGUGUCAUACAAAAGUUGGGCCUUAGGUAUCAAAGUGAAGAUUAUCUAAAAGGCUUGAUUGGAAUUCACGAAAGAAUGGCAGAUGUAGAAUCAUUGUUGGACAAAGGUUCAAAAAUUGGUGGUUGCCAAUUUAUUGGAAUUUGGGGGAUGGGCGGUUUGGGCAAAACAACUCUUGCAGAAGCAUUGUUUAACAAAUUGCAUUUGCCAUAUGAAGGGUCUUGCUUUUUGAAAAACGUAAGGGAAGAAUCAAAGAGACAUGGAAUAGAUGCUUUGAGGGAAAAACUUGUUUGGAGGUUAUUAGGGGAUAAAGAAUCUCACAUUGGCAAUGCAAUAUGUCCUUAUACCGUCAGUAGGCUUAGUCGGAAAAAGGUUUUCAUUGUGCUCGAUGACAUUGGUGAUCUUACACAUUUAGAAAAGUUAGUUGGAAGACAUGAAUUUGGAUCAGGUAGUAAAAUUUUGAUAACAACCAGAGAUAAGCAAACACUUGGCAAUGAAGUGGAUGAUGUAUAUGUGCUUCGUGGUUUGAAACCUGAUGAAGCUUUUGAUCUAUUCUCCAUCAAUGCCUUUAGAAAUGGCCAUGUUGACCCAGAGAUAAGAGAGCUAGCAGAAGAAGUGACUAAAUAUGCAGGUGGAAAUCCAUUGGCUCUAAAGAUUCUAGGCUCCACCUUGAGUGGCAAAAAUCAAGAAGCAUGGAAAAGCCAAUUGGCAAAGCUUAAAAAAUUACUUCGUCCAGAAGUCAUUGAUAUCCUCAGAUUGAGCUUUGAAGGACUUGAUCAGGAAGAGAAAGAUAUUGUCUUGCACGUCGCAUGUUUUUUCAAUUAUUAUUAUGAUGCUGAGGAUGUAAAAAAAUUGUUAGAUCCAUGCGGUUAUUCAACCGACAUUGGAUUGAGGAGACUUGAAGAUAAAGCGCUUUUAGAUAUUGAUGAAGGAAAAAUAUGUAUGCACAGUCUGAUAAAACAAAUGGGUAAACAAAUUGUCUGUGAAGAAUCAUUAAAAUAUCCUACAUGGUGCAAAAUAUUUUGGAUUUUCAGGAGAAGUUCUGAAAUAUUGAAGAAAAAUAUGGGAGGUAUUGAAGGCAUGAUUAUUAAACUUUCAGAAGUUGACGAGAUGUGCGUAAUUAUUAAAGCAUUUCGUUCAAUGCCUAAUGUGAAGCUUCUUAAGGUUUAUGGAGAUUUGAAUGGACAGCUUAGGAACAAGUUAAAUGCUUCUGGUCUGAAGUUUCUGUCAAGAAAUCUCAUGCUAUUGGAUUGGAUGGGGUGCCCUUUAGCGUCCUUGCCAGCGACAUUUAAGGCUGAAAGUCUUGUUCGAUUGGAUAUGCCCUUCAGCAGUUUGACAAGACUUUGGGAUGGAGUGCAGGAUCUUGUGAGCUUAAGCAAAAUUGAGCUUCAUCGAUCAGAAAACUUGAUUGAACUCCCAGAUUUUUCCAAGGCCACACGUCUUGAACAUGUUUGUCUCGAUUAUUGCCCAAAAUUGCGGAGUGUUCAUCCAUCUAUUUUAUCUCUCCGCAGCCUGCGUGAUUUAUCGCUAACUUAUUGCAAGUCCCUUACCAGCCUUAAAAGCGAUACCCAUCUCCAAUCUCUCAUUGGGCUCGAUGUAAGUGAUUGCUCAAGUCUGGAGGAAUUUUCAGUGACCUCAGGAAAUGAAGAGCUCUAUUUACAACUUUCAGGAACUGCCAUCAGUGGUAAGUUGCGCUCAUCAAGUGGGCAUCGCAGCAAAAUUCAUUCAUUAGCUAUAGCCGAGUGCAGAAAUGUGACAAGCAUUCACAAAUUGAUUAAGCUGCGUGACCUUCGAAAUCUUGAUGCUGGAGGGUGUGAUGAGCUAGCAUCACGUCUCCUGUCCAAGUGUGAUAAGAUGGGUGCUUUGGAAAGACUAGGGCUUCCGUAUUGCAAUGAAUUAUCUGAACUUCCUAAUGACAUCGGGUUGCUGUCAUCACUACGUGAGUUAAAUCUCUCAGAGACUCAUGUACAGACCUUGCCUUCAAGCAUUAAACAUCUUUCAUGCCUGCAUCGUCUUGAACUGGAUGGAUGUAAAAGGCUUCGUUGUCUACCGGAGCUCCCUCCCUCUCUCUUGCAAUUAAUUGCCACUGAGUGCGUAUCCCUUGAGACCAUACAAUAUUCACCUUUGACAAACGAAGGUGAAGAAGGAAAAGAUAAGGCACCGCGCUUUUUAUUCAGAAAUUGCAAGAAGCUGAAUCGACGGGCAAUCAAAACUGCUGAGGCAAGAGUGCUACUUGAGAUGAAGAAAGCCCCUUAUGACUCUGCUAUAGUGGAAUAUCCAGGAAAAAGAGUUCCAAAGUGGUUCAUGCAUAAGGAUAAAGGGUCUUCGGUGUCUGUGAAUCUCGGUUCGAUUCCAAAUUCUGAGGAUGGGGGAUUCCUUUUUUGCGUCGUCUUUUCUGAAUUACCAUUCGAGGGGGGAGGAGAAAUUAAUGCCGAAUGGUUUAUUGAUGGUAAAUAUGCUUCCAGGGGCGCUAAAAACAGGUUUUACUUGCUUGGGCCAACGCUCUCAAAGCAUGUUCAUCUUUGGUAUGAUCCUGAUUCACUUGGAAAACUAAAAAGGAAAAUUGAAGAAAGGAAAAGAAAUGGUCAGAGCGACAUGGAGCUUAAAGUUAAAUUCAAAGUUUGUUCGGAUGAUUCGGAUGAUGACAGAAUAGUAGAGAUCAAAAGGUGUGGGGUAUGCCCAACAUCUGCAGUUGAAUAUCAAGAUGGUGACAUUAAACAAAUUCGAUCGCCAUGGCCUCCUCACCCUAGCUCUAAUGCAAUGGAAGCGGCCUCUCUCUCUCGAAAGCGCAAAUGCACUAUAACUUCAUACGGAUCAAAAGCCUGGCUCUAA